AUGUCGUUUAACGAGUUUUCGCUUCAUGGGAAUCCAGAGAUUUAUCUAGACAUAGAUAACAUAGUCUCUCAAGGAUAUUCUGCAAAUCUUCUUUCUUUGCCGAUCAACGAUAAUAAUGAGGCUCCGACUGAGUCGUUGCCAACAAAUGCUACGUUGGAGUAUUGUCAGGAUAUAUCUACGUUCGUUGUGAAAUGUAAUGGUGAAGAACUUGUCUCAUUUCUAAUUGAGAAAGAAGCGAUGGGCAGCAAUGCAUACAUGCGCUUUAGAGGGGAAUUUGUGAGAGCUCUAAAACAGAAGGGAAACGAUUUGUAUAAAGAUAUGAAAGAAGUAUCUAAAUUAACAAGUAUAGCUUGGAACAGUGCUGAUGACCGUAUUAAAGACAAAUUCAGACGCAACAGCAGAAAGAGAAAAGUACAAUCAAUAAAGACGAACACAUCUCAGAGUUUUACUUGCCCCGACUGUGGAACUUCCCAUGAAAUCCCUAGCCAACCCGUCAAACUUAUAUACGCUGAGACGACUACAACCACACAGAGUAUUAAGUGUUCCAAUCUUAAAUGUCAAAGAAAACACAAACUAGUUGCGACUUACAAAGUUUUCUCGAAGAAGGGGAUCGGCAUGUGUUAG